ACAACACACAAGCAAACAUAAACACAUAGUUUUAGCCCUUCUCUCCUCUGUUCUUCCUAAUGUUUCGCUCAAACUUCUAGGAAGCCCAGUCCAUUUUACCCCGACACUGAUCUUUCCUUCUCCCCCAAUUUCAGUUCCCACUGUUCAUUUAUUACUAUCAGCUUUUUUGGGUCUUCCUUUCCUUUUCACUUUCAUCUGUUUCAUCCUCUUAUGAACAAACUCACUCACCAGCUUUCCUGCUUUUCCCCUUCCAUCCAUGACCUGUUCUGUUUACGGAACACUGGCCCUUCUUCUUCUCCUUCCUAAUCCCUAUAAGAUUUGGUGACCAGAACAACAGAAACUGCCCCCGUGCCCACCUCUUUCCAUUCACUAUGAAUUCGCAGCCGGUCGAGCGGACUUGAGUGAUUCCAUUCGUCCCGAGAAAUCAUGACGCCUGGCCCGAGCCAGAGAAGCCUCAGUUCCCGGUGGAGGAUUCUUGCCUUCAGUCUUGUCCUCCUCAGCCCGCUAGGACUGGCCCUCAACUCCGAUGGGGUUUUGCUUCUUUCCUUCAAAUAUGCGAUCUUAAGUGACCCGUUGUCAGUCCUAAACUCCUGGAACUAUGAAGAUGUGAGUCCAUGUUCGUGGACCGGGGUCACCUGCACGCAGAUUGGAUCUUCCAGAACACCGGAUAUGUUCCGGGUCACGGGUUUAGUCCUCCCGAACAGCAAGCUCCUUGGCUCGAUCCCGCCGGAGCUCGGGCAAAUUGAGCACCUGACAAUCCUCGAUCUCUCCAACAACCUGUUUAACGGAUCCUUGCCCGACACCAUCUUCAACUCAUCUUCUCUCCAGGUGCUCUCGCUCUCGAACAAUGUCAUAUCGGGAGAGCUGAAAGCUACCAUUGAUGAGUUGAAGAGCCUCAAGCUGCUGAAUCUGUCGGACAAUGCCCUUGCUGGGAAGAUUCCUGAGACCAUAAGUACCCUGCCGAACCUGACGGUUGUGUCCCUUAGGAGCAACUAUUUCUCAGGAAAUGUUCCUGGCGGUUUCGGCUCCGUCAAAAUCCUGGACCUGUCCUCGAACCUCCUGAACGGUUCCCUACCCUCAGACUUUGGUGGCAGCGAGCUUCGGUACCUCAACAUUUCCUAUAACAAGAUCUCCGGGCCCAUCCCGAAGGAGUUCGGGUCCCACAUUCCAAGGAAUACAACGGUCGACCUCUCCUUCAACAACCUCAGCGGGGCUGUCCCGGAAUCACUUACUUGGAUGGACCAGAAGACUGCAUUCCUAGCUGGAAACUCUGAUCUCUGCGGGAAGCCGCUCAAAAUCCUCUGUUCUAUCCCUUCGACUCUCACCACUCCACCCAAUGCUUCAUCAACAUCCCCUGCAAUCGCCGUCAUCCCGAAGCCAAUCAACUCUAGCUCGGACCCAUCAAUGAGUUCCCCUGCAGCAGCAUCCGUGCCGAACAACCAAACAGGCCAUGGGCUAAAGCCGGGGACGAUAGUGGGAGUAGUGAUGGGGAACUUGGCGGGGAUCGGGAUUCUCGCACUGGUUAUACUCUAUGUAUACCAACUGAGGAAGAGGAAAGCUCUCGUAGCUUCGGACCAGAAACCAAACAACUUGGAGAAGAAGUCCGUCUCCGAAAUCGUAGUGACUAGUCAGCAUGAGGAGCCGAGAAAGACCGGUACUUCGGCAUGCUCGUGUCUUACAAUGAAAGCAGAGGAAACCUCUGAAGCAACAUCAACCUCGGAGAGUGAUCAAGAAGAAGAUAAACAUGUUACCGUUAAUGAUCAGGUGAACGGAAAUGCGGCGCACAAGGUAGGAUCUCUGGUAACGGUAGACGGAGAGACGGAACUCGAGCUGGACACAUUGCUAAAGGCAUCGGCCUACAUCCUAGGGGCGAGUGGGGGAAGCAUCGUGUACAAAGCAGUGCUCGAGAACGGCGCUGCAUAUGCUGUGAGGAGGAUCGGGGAGAGCGGGGUGGAAAGACUGAAGGACUUCGAGAGCCAAGUCCGGGCAAUCGCGAAGCUCAAGCACCCGAACUUGGUACGAGUCCGGGGGUUCUACUGGGGGGAUGACGAGAAGCUCGUGAUCUAUGACUACGUCCCCAACGGCAGCCUCAGCAGCGCCGGUUACAGAAAGGGGGCAUCCUCGCCGUUUAACCUGUCCUUCGAAACUCGACUCAAGAUAGUCAGAGGAGUGGCUCGAGGCCUAGCCUACAUUCAUGAAAAGAAGCAAGUGCACGGCAAUAUUAAACCGAGCAACAUUCUUCUUAGUUCAGACACGGAACCCGUGAUUAGUGACCUAGGUCUUUAUCGACUGAUCAUUGGCAACCAGAGUCUCAAACUAGGAACUGGUUCAACCCGGCAAUUUGGAAGCCAACGAUUCAACUCAACCAUCCGUGAAGGCCACCACGAUAGUCCUAGCCCCUACACACCCAUUGGCUCGGCCACCUCAGGCACGGUGUCUCCUUACCAGGCGCCGGAGUCUCUAAAAAAUGUUAAGCCCAAUGCUAAGUGGGAUGUCUACUCGUAUGGCAUCGUUCUACUUGAGCUUCUCACCGGAAGGAUAUUCAUGGACCCAGAGCUAACCCAGUGGGCCGCCACGGUAUCCAGUACGGCCACUGAAGACAGAGACCGAGCCCUAAGGAUCAUCGACGCAGCCCUGAGGGCCGACAUGGCGGCAAGAGAGGAAGCUACGAUGGCUUGCUUGAAAUUAGGGUUUAGUUGCGCUUCUUUAGUCCCACAAAAAAGACCUUCCAUGAAAGAAGCAAUCCAAGUGCUUGAAAAGCUCCCAUGACAAUGUAUUAUUUGUUUAUUCUUCAUGUACUAAUGAUGUUGUUGCACUAUUUGGGUCCCACUAAAGUUAGCCCACUAAAUUAAAGGUGAUGUCUUUUUCUUUUUUUUUUUUUCAUCCUUUUUUGACUUGAACUAAUGUAGCAAGAAAGGGGACGAAGAUUGCCCAAGAAAAAAUUGUAAGUUUGCUGUGUUGAAAAGAUUAAUCAAAUAUGUCGCUUUUUGGCACGAA